CCGUCCAUUCCCUCGCUCCUUCAGUCUUUCAUCUAUUCAACAAGCAACUGGGAUUAGAGCGAUGAACAGCACCCGAUCUUACUCCCCUGGGAGCUCUAACUGGAGUCUGGCAGGAGAGAGACGUGGGCUAACAGGCCAAGGCUUGGGCAGGAAGGAGGUGCUAGGAGACAGGCAGGCACUAGGUGGCGCCAACAGAAAGCAAUUUGAAGCAUCUCCAUCCCGGACUCAUGGGUGAGGGAAGCUUCCCGGGAAGACUGCCUGAGGCUGAGCCCAAAAGGACGAACGGGAAUUAGCCAGGACACGUGGAGUAGACAGCAGUCCAGACAACAAAUUGCAAGUCAACCCAUAGACGUGGAUCGUGGAAUUCUAGGCAGACAGUGACUGAGUGAAGAUGGAGGGACGGGGUGGUAGCACAUCAGAGAGAGCCUCUUAUCCUAAGAACUCUGGACUUCAUCUUCCCAGGCAGGCAGAAGCAAGGGAGGAGUUUAGAGUGGGGAGAUGACGUGACCGGGCCAGUCUAGUGGGCAUGGGGAAGGUGGGUGGGAGGGGCCGAGAUGGGACGCAGGGAGGUGCAUGAGGUGGAGGCAGGGGUGAGCCAGGAAAUGUUUAGGACGUAGCAUCCUCAGGAAUUGGAGUGUGGUAAAGUACCUAGAGGGGGCAAUUGAGGCUGAUGCUCAGGUUCCCGGCUUGGGCAAUGUGGGAGCUCGGAAGAAGUUAUGGGUUGGGGGAAGGGAAUGGGUUCACUCUGGCUAUGAGCAGACUUGGUUUGAGGUCUCAUGUCAGACGUACUUGAAAAUGUCCAAGAGUUAGCUGGAUAUGGGAACAGAUAGCUUUUGAUUUAACUGAGGUGCAACUUAAGAAAGAUAUUUUCUACUUUAUGAUGGUGCAAAAGCGGCACGGAUUUGAUAGAAAACAUAACUUGACUUUUGAUCUUUCUCCAGGACAGUGAUACAAGGUUAUGAUACUCUCUUGCAAUGCUGGGCUGUCCAGUGAGCUGCAGCUCCCAGUGGGUAAAUUAAGAAUGGAAAUCUGGAGCACAGCAGCUUUUAAACGGUGCAUUGGGGACGUUCAGUUUGUAACAAUAUGCUGGGACAGAUGAAACUGUCUUGGGUUAGAGAAAGAACAACAGAUGAUAGGAAACUGUGUUGUCCAGAAGCUGGGAUUCAGCAGACAUGUAUUAUUCAGGUAGCUGAGGGAGGGGACACGAACCUGAACCUUCAACAGAAGCAAACUGGAAUGGAGGGCCCAGCCCAUGAAGGUGACCAGAAGGACCCCAUGCUGCAGACUGCGUGGGUAGCUGGGCAGAGCUAAGCAGCUUGACAGACUAACGUCUCUCCAGCUGGUUGAAGACAAGCUCUCGGAAGACGGUGCUGCAUGGCACAGCCCCUGACAACUUGCUGGGUGACCGCCGGGGGCUCCGAGGUGGCCGUCUGAACUAUGUGGUCUGAUCUCAGGCGGCAGGUCUUGUGGCGCUGCCUUCACACAGACUGGAAGUGCUAACAGGUGGCGAGGACACUGCUUUACAGUGAUGCAGGAGGCCUCAUGCCACCCUCACUCACGGGAAGUUUGACUUGGUGGACUCAGCCAAGUCACAGAGGUCUAACGCUUCUCCGUGGUGAUUUCAGGCUGCCCUGGCAGAGAGCACGGUGCCUGCAGACAUGUCACCGCUCCACGCAUCAAUGCUGGCAGUCCUUGGGGCUCUGUGUGUAUAUGGUGCAGCUCACCUAGAGCAACCUCAAAUUUCCAGUACUAAAACGCUGUCAAAAACAGCCCGCCUGGAAUGUGUGGUGUAUGGAGGAACAAUUUCUGAGACAUCUGUGUAUUGGUACCGAGAAAGACCUGGUGAAGCCAUCCAGCUCCUGGUGGACAUUUCAUCUGACGGCACUGUCAGAAUGGAAUCAGGCAUUACAUCAGGCAAAUUUGAGGUGGAUAGGAUAUCCGAAACGUCUACAUCUACCCUCACCAUUCACAAUGUAGAGAAAAAAGACAUAGGUACCUACUAUUGUGCCUUCUGGGAGGCGCACAAGUUUGGCAAGAAAGUCAAGGUGUUUGGUCCCGGAACAAAGCUCAUCGUUACAGAUGAAUAUCUUGGUGCAGACAUUUCCCCCAAGCCCACUGUUUUUCUUCCUUCAAUUGCUGAAACAAAACUCCACAAGGCUGGAACGUAUCUCUGUCUUCUCGAGAAAUUUUUCCCGGAUGUUAUUGGUAUACAUUGGCAAGAAAAGAAUAGCAACACGAUUCUGGAAUCCCAGGAGGGAAACACCAUGAAGACUAGUGACACAUACAUGAAAUUUAGCUGGUUAACGGUGCCAGAAAAGUCACUGCAUAAAGAACACAGAUGCAUCGUCAGACAUGAGAAUAAUAAAAAAGGAGUUGAUCAAGAAAUUAUCUUUCCUCCCAUAAAGACAGAUGUCAUCUCAAUGGAUCCCAAAGACAGUUGUUCGAAAGAUGCAAAUGAUGCACUGCUGCUGCAGCUCACAAACACCUCUGCAUACUACACGUACCUCCUCCUGCUCCUCAAGAGCGUGGUCUAUUCUGCCAUCAUCACCUUCUCUCUGCUCAGAGGAACGGCUGCCUGCUGCAGUGGGGAGAGAUCGUGACAGAUGGUGGCAGAAGGAGGCCAUCUUUUCUUCAUCGUUUAUUGUCUUUAGAAGCGUCUGCUGAGGAUCUAGCCGGGCUUUUUUCCUGGGUUGGUGCUAUUUCAGUUCUCAUGUGUGUGCUAUUCUAUCAUUAUUGUAUAAUGGUUUUCAAACCAGCAGGCACACAGAAAACCUCAGUCUGUAAUAACAAUGAGGAAUAGCCAUGGCAGCCUCUAGCACCACUCUCUCCAUAUUCUCCACAGCUCCUCCAGCCAACCCACACAGCCACUGCCCCAGUGUAGACAGCCUGCGGCUUCUAGCCUCGUUCUUAGUGUUCUUUAAUCAGAUAACUGUCUUUUACACGCCCUGAAGCAGCCUUCUUUGCUAGUUGAAUUAUGUGCUAUGUUUUUCAUAAUAGGCAAAAUAAAUUUUUUAAAAUGAAAAGUUG